AUGCCUAUUCUAGAGGCUCUCUGCAUCGCUCUCUUCAUCCUCUGGAUUGUUGUUCAGGUUUCGCUGUACACCUUCUUCCCACUCUUGAUCCCUAUCAACGACAUUGGAGAAGCUCUGGACUUAUACCUCUGGAUAGUUCCUCGUCUGCACAUCUUGUGUGUUCUGAUUGAGGAGAUUAUCGUUGAGGUUUUCGAGACAGUUGUGAGAUGGGUGUUUGGCACGGAGAGAUAG